GCUUCGUCCCAUUUCCUGUCUUGUGGAAAAAUCGUCGAGAGAGAAAAUUUCUAGUUUAUACUGUAUUCUGUAUACAUAAUCGAAGAAUUCAACAGAAAAAUGACCUGGAGAAGAUGACAGAAGAACAACUAAAAAAUGGCGACUACCUUGUGCAUGUACAAGCACAGGUUAUGACCCGUGAUGACUCGACUGGCGGCUGGGUGCCCAUGGGAGGUGGGGGUCUUAGCAAUGUUGGACUACGAAAGCUGGAAUAUAAAUUCAAUGGAGGAGGGGACAGUAAAAAUGAGUACGUCAUAUAUGGUGAAAGGAUAGCCGACAACACAGUUGUACUGGAUUGUGUAUUGAAGAAGGACAUUCAGUACACAAAGGCAAAUCCCAAAUUUCAUCAUUGGAAGACCGAUGAACAAAGGUUUGGUUUAACGUUUGAGAGGUAUGAUGAUGCCAAAAAGUUUGAUCGUGGUAUCAAGAGGGCGGUGGCAGAGCUCACAGAAGGCUCAGCUGGCAGCAUGGGAAAUUCCAUGACGGGAGAAGAGGAAGUAUUUCAGAUCGUGGAGCUGCCUCUCUCCGGGGGCAAGGACAGCUCGUCCCAGUCAGCAUCAACAACGUCGACCACCACCUCCAGUCCAGCUCCACGUUCCCCCGUUAGCAGUCCGAUAUCGGGGCUCCCCGAUGCCUUCCCGUUCCCCCACCCUCAUGCCAACCAUCAUCAUCUCCAUCUUGUCCACUACAUGUCUGGUCCAAAUCGGACCAAUAAAAACGCCUCCUCACCGCCCAGUGAUAAAAGUUCACAUAAAUCAGACAGUUUCGAGAGUUCUAGUGGGCAGGAUGACGUUUGGAUUCGUCCUGACGACCCUACGUCAUUAAGCGGCAAGUCCGACACACUGUUGUUAGACACGGACCCUAAUGUAGAAAUGAGCAAAGAGGACUCCUAUGUGACAUUUUCUAAAAGCAAGCCAGGGGCACCUCAUGAAUACAGCUACCCUAACUUAGAACCAAUGCCGAAACCACCUACAAAACGGGAGUCGACCACUAGCAUGAAGACACAGCCUUUGAUUAUUCAGCAUCCCCCUCUACCACUCAAAAAGAAGCACAAGACUCGCCACAAGCCUGGGGGGACAUCAGGAAGGUUGCUGAACAACCGAUCGCGGUGCAAACACUGCCAUGAGGUGUUCUCUCUGGACGAUAACCAACGGGGCAGUUGUGAAGACGCCCCAGAUGGUGUCGAAAAAUUUAUUGAGUGCGUGACUUGUGUAGCGUGUUCCAAAUGUUUGAUAUACCACUGUAUGUCGGAUGCUGAUGGCGAAUACAGACACCCUUGUGAGUGUGAUCCUCGCGAUGAUUCCAACUGCAAAAAAUGGACCGCACUGACAAUUUUAUCGUUGUUUGUGCCCUGUUUAUGGUGCUACUGGCCCUUGACUGCCUGUCAUAGAUGUGGCAUCUACUGUCGUUGCUGCGGUGGCCGGCACAAGGCGGUAUGACCACGCCCGCAAAUUUAUAUGCACAGGAUUAUCUCCCCCUUGUUCGCCUUUUCAUCAUAACUUGUAGAUAUAUCUGACACGCAUGGGUUUCUAGAUCUAGCUAACACAUACAGUGAACGGAUGGAUAUUCAUGUGGUGCGUGCAUACCCAGAGAACUGAGUUGGUGUGCAGGAAGGGAUGACCAAACUGGAGGAGUUACUUUCCCUUACUUGCCAUAUAGUCACAUGAGAGGAUUGGAAUCAGCAAUAUGUCCUUGGGAUCAUGUCAUUGUAGUUCCAUUUACAUUUGUAUAGCAAUACUAGUUUUCACUUUUCAUCUUUGAACAUACAUGUAUAAUUCUUGAUUUUAGGUUAGCAACCAUUUCCAAAAACACACAUGCAAUCCAUUUGGUUAUGGUGAAAGAUACCAGUGAACAGGAAGUCAGAGAAAGAAAUGAUGGACCCUGGGAAGGGGCACCAUGUUUCCAAUGUGACUCAGUGGCAAGGCAAGGGGGGUAACUCUACCAUGACAACAUGUAUAGUCAUUCAAAAGGGAGAAAAUGAUCCCUUGUACCUGUGUUUAAAAAUGGCAAGUUUUAUACGUUACCAAUCCUAUAACAGCAUGUUAGAAGUUUAAGCAUAGUGGUAUUUUUUUUAUAUUUUUUUUUUAAAAGAUGAGUAAAGCAUACUUUGUACCACAGAAGCAUAUCAUGUUGGCUGAGCUGGUUUCUAAGCAGGCAAUCUUUUUACUGAUUUUGAUAAUCUGAUAAGUUUGCCAAUUGUGCCAUCAGCUCAUUAGCCUAAGUUUUCACCUAAAUUUAUAUAGAGAAAGAAUCAGAAUUGUAGACUUGGGCUACUGAGGUGAUGCUUUAUGUAGCGAAACUAGGUGUAUUUGUUAUGUUGGUGGUAAGAAAGACAACACGAUUGUGUGUGCAGUCAUUGAGUGCCAAAUCAUUUGUGCUUCAUUUGUGUCACCGUCAUCACUAAUGUUCAACAGUAGAAGAUCACGUGAUCACAAUUCAGUCGAUACUUCCCUCUAUUAGUGAUAAUCGGGCCGGUUCCACAAGUCUGACUUGUUAUUUUACUGUCACAGCGUUUAGAAAGUUCUUGAUUCAUUAAGUAUCACUGUAUCGUUUAUCUUAAACCUAUACACUUGCAUUCAUUGUAAGUCUACAUUAAACUAUUAGAAUUACUGGUAUAGCAUUAAAAAGGUUUGAAAAGUAGAUCCUAGGCCAUCAUCCAUGAAAUAAUAUCACUAUUACCAUCAAACUCCUAUACUGAUAAUUGACUUAGUCAGAAAUCUUUAUUGGUAUCGCUAGGACAAGUUCUGAUUUCCAAGGUAUUGAUAUUGCGUAAACACUGGUUUGGGAAUGUGAUGGAUAUUUACAAUGAAAAGGAUGAAAGAAAUGAUCAGUUCUAAAUGUCUAUUUUGACAUACACAGUUGUCAUAGUUAUUUUUAGGACAUGACAUUUCAUGGUCUGAAAUAUGAAUCUGAGUCAUAGGUAGACUCAGUAGGUCGGUAGGUGACAUUGUUCUUACGCAUUGGUUUAUUUAACUGUUGCUGAAAUAAACUAAGAAACAUCAGGGGCAUUCAUGUUAAUAGGAUGUCCAUACAUUACCAUGAUACAGUAAUGGAUACUGAAACUAAGUUUGAAGCUUGUUAUUGUUUAUUUGUUAAUAAGUUGAUAUGUGUUGACUUUUGAACCUCUGUUGGCGAAAUCGGUUGAUAUUUUACCUCCUGCUUAGUCAGGGAUACCUUUUACUUUGCGGCUUUUAAUUCAUAGUUUUAAUCAUAUUAUGAAUGUAUUACAUAUUUCUUAAACAACAAAAUUAGUUAUUUGAAGUCACUGCACUUGGUGUUAGUCUAUAAAACGACUUGUUUAUUUUUAGUUUAAUCCAUUGAUGGGCAAAUAAUGUGCACAAAGAAUAUCUUUUAUCAAAAUUCAGCUUUCAAAGCCCUUUUUAAGAAAACUGGGUGUAUGAGGAAGAACAUGACAACUUGCAUAUAAAACUGCUUGCAUUACUCCAGAAAAAAAUGUAUGACACAAGUGAUAAUAAUCACUUGACAUGAAUAUAAAAAAGAAUAUUAUGGAAGUGUCCAAUCAAAUCCGGAAACACAGAAUAGGAAAUAGCCAAUCAAACAUGUUUGAAAUUGAUGGAUGUAACAUCUAGCGUGCAAAACGAACAAAAUCAUUUACCACGGGUACCCUUGAAAACAAGAUAAAAUGACUCUUUGUUUGUUGCAGGAUAACUUCAAGAAUUUAAGAAUUGACUUCAAAAUGUUUUGCAUUUGUGAAGUUUAAACGUUAAAACCCGUGGAAUAUCGUUCAAAGCAAUAAUGCAACACUACCACCGCCCUUCCUAUUAUCAGCCAAUCAAGAAACAGCAGUCUGUUAGUGGGUAUGGUGUAAUUCUUUCCUGGAUUUUGGAAGCAUAAAAACAGAAAACUUUGCUUGGUGAACCAUGACAUACCGAGGAGUUGCUUGCAAUUUAUUUACAGAUCUGUAAUAGAGGAAUAUAUUAUAUAAGUGAUAAAAAAGGAAUAUUAGUCAUCAGAAGGAUAAUUAAAUGUAAACAUGUAUGUCUCGUGAUAAAAAAACGCAGAACUAAUAAUCAGGUAAUGGUAAUGUGAACAGACGUUUGUGACAAACAAAUUUUGUUCGUUACAAAUGGGGAACAUUAGAAUUUUUGUUAUGUACGGGAAUGUUGAAUGUGAACAAGAACAUUAGAUGUGAAUGAGCAAAAAACAGGACACAUGGUCUUUGAUUGAAUGCAGAACAUGAAGUUAGUUUCAUUGUGAUUAGCUUAUUGAUAGAAACUGGAAUGUCUAAGAACAUUAUUAACAAUACGCUGAAUCAAAAUGCCCUCACUCACUCUAAGGGAAGUAUCGACUCCUGUGCUCACUGCACUGUAGGGCUGCAACGAUAAAGAAUGUCACGAUACGAUGCGUAGUAUGUGCUAAGAUCCAGGAUAUGGUGCAUACCACGAAAUGUGAUCCACGAUACUUACUACGUAAUGAGAUCCACGAUACAAUACUGGUACCUAUAAGGAUAUUGGCAUAUGAUACAAUGUGUAUCAUAUCAUAUGACCCAUGAUACGAUACAUACUAUGUGAUAUGACCCAUGAUACAAUACAUACUACUGUAAGGACAAAAUUCCUACCAUAUUACCCAUGAUAGGGCCAUUUAAAGAAUUCUGAACAAAAACGUUUUGAAUAUAGUUGCAUGGUCGAAGUAAAGAAAGUUUUAAUGUCCUACAUGUAGAGUGAUCUGCUUCGUUUGACAGGUAUGGGAAUUCGAAGUCAGAUUUGGCCUUGACAUGCUUGUCAUAAAAGGUAACUAGAAAAUACCGGAUGGUCACUCUCUAGACUCUUUACCCAAUGAUGUGGAUACUUUUUAUCACUGUUUAAGACUGGUCCAAAUUCUAUUGACAGGCCAUCUUGUUAUGGCUGGAAUAUUGCCGACUCGGUGUUUUGCAACAUUCAGAGACAUGGAGCUUUGGAUAGAAGUUAUAGCAGCUAAAGAAAUGAUUGUGAAUAAUGUUACAUUUUGCAAUAGGACUUACCGCAUUGUGAAUCCAGUAUCGGGAUGUGAAUCAUCGUUCCAGCUCUAUCACGCUGUGUGUAAAGAUGUGUAUAUUGAACAGGCUGUUGGGUUUUUAAAGUGAUGAACUUAUCAGUGCUAAAUAUAGAUUUUUAAGAAAUCACUUUAAUCAGAUUUUUUAUUGAAUUCAUUCUUAGAUCACUCCCAUGUGGCAGAAAGGUGCUGUGUCUUAAACAAAUGUAAAGAGGACAUCUUCAGUCCCGAGUUUUCAGUUGAACGCCAGCAGAGGGCUCCCAGUGAAGAACUGAAACUGUUAUUUUGUUUCUGCUGUUGCUUGUUGUGUGAACAAAUUAGAAAGAUGACAUCAGAGAGUCUUGUUGAAGCUGUGAAGCCAUUGUGAGUAAAAGGAAAAGUCUUCUUUGUUUUCAUUGUUGAAGCUCUGAAAAAUUGUUAUUUGAUACAGAUGUAAGGAAUUCUUGUUACCAUGGUUACCAUGACCAUUCAUGUUAGUUUUGUGCCAUGUUAAGUGUCAUUUUUAACACGAAAAUUGUUAUUUUAUUGUUAAUGUUCAGAUUUUGCUUAGUCAGCUGAUUCUGUGAGUCGGAUAAUUAUUUUGAAAUCAGAACUAUUUUUGUUUUUAGCAAGCACCUAAAAUAGAGGAAAUGGAAAUUGCUAAAGAAAAUCAAAUUGGUUGCCAAUGUGAUUCUUAUGUCACAUGUUUACAUUUUGGUUAAUUAUGGUUUGUUUCCUAUUUGUUAGUUAUGUUUAGAUUAAAAGUGAGUCCGGUCGAAGAAAUCAAAACUCCAGAUCUUUUUAUUUAGAAUGGUUUCACAAUCAAAUGCUAGACUUAUAUGUGUAGUCCACAAUAUGGCUGUAUUUCCUAUAAUAGUCCACGACCUAUGCACUAUGAAAGUAGACUCUGUUUCACUGCUGUGAUGUUUGAAAGAUUGUGUGCGAUCUGACUACUGGGAUAUAUGCUUCUCAAUGUGUAAUUGAAAGGCACCACUUUGUUUAUAGAACAUUGUGAAAUAAGUGCAAUGAGAGUCUUGAUAAUGAUUUGUGCUUGGGCAUUGAAGAUGUUAAUGUGAUGGACAUUAUAUGUUUUUAAAUGAUUAUUUCUUAAAAUUUCAUAUUUUCCCAGAAAUAAAACAGUAUGAUAAAGUU